AUGACAAUAUUCUGUGGGUUCUGGAAUUAUGAAUCGACAUACGAUCGGUUGAAUUUUAGGAAGAUAAUCCAAAAACUUGUUAUCGUUAUCGUUUUGUUUAAAACAGGAGCAGUGACGAGCUCUAGUGCGCUGCGCGGGGUGGCCAACCACUUGCGAAACCGCCAACAAAGAGUGGCUUUCUUUGCCGGACUCCAGCCAAACAUUGAAGAGAUGCCACCAGGUCAACGCGUGGUCAUGACGCACGUCUUGACGAACGUGGGCAAGGCAUACGACCCAACUAAGGGCCAAUUCUGUGCCCCAGUCGACGGUGUUUACUCUUUCCUAGCGGCAGUCCGCUUGAUGCACAAUGACAACCAUAUCUUCGACGUGUGGAGCGACAGCUCUCCCUGGUCAACGGCAACUAACCAGGCGAUUCUGACAAUGAAAAAAAAUGACUGCACCUGGCUUCAACUCAGAGAAUCGGCAUUCUACCUCCAUGGUUAUAUGUACUCAACAUUCGCGGGCUACCUUAUCUUCGAAUACCCUGUAGAUCAGACCUGA